AGAAUGUGUGAGCCCAGCCCUCCAGCGCUACAUCUUCAUGCCAAUGGCAAUGUGACCAUGGUCGGCGUUGGCGUCAAGCAGGAGGAGGAGGAGUCAGGAGAUGGGGGAGGAGUCAUGGGCCAGGAGACCAAGCAGUCCUCUCCUGCACGUGAUUGGCCAGCAAGACCACCAACCGAGCGAGGAGAUUCUAAGAAAUCAACACCUCCCAGCUCGGAAUCUCCUCUGGAGAGGUCUCCGAGUAAAGAGCAACCACACACGCUCAGUCCUCCUGCUCAGGAUGGGGGAAGUAGCACUCAUGAGAGAAUGGACAGCCAGCCCAUUGUCAGCGAGGUGAUGCCCACCAUUGAGAAGUUGUUGAACACAGACUGGAGAGAAAAGCUUCUGGGCAAGGGUUCCCUUGGCACUUCCAAUCUAAAAGGCACACCGGAGAGCUUGGCGGAGAAGGAGCUGCAGCUGUUGCUGAUGAUUAACCAGCUGUCGGGCCUGAGGGAGCAGCUGCUGGGAGCCCACUCUGAGCAGAGGAACAUGGCUGCACUGCUCCUGGAGAAACAGCAGCAGCAGAUGGAACUCGCUAGACAGCAGCAGGAACAGAUCGCUAAGCAGCAGCAGCAAUUGAUCCAACAACAACACAAGAUAAACCUCCUUCAGCAGCAGAUCCAGCAGGUAAACAUGCCCUACGUCAUGAUCCCUGCAUUCCACCCAAACACCCAGCCUCUCCCAGUCACCUCUGAGGCCCAGAUGAAUCUGCCUCUUCAACCCAUUCCCUGCAAGCCAGUGGAAUAUCCCAUGCAGUUACUCUCAAACCAUCACCCCACCCCUGUCAAAAGGUCCAGUGGUAAUGUCUUCCGACAGGAAAGCAGUCAGCCUCUAAAUCUUACAGCCAAACCCAAGACGCCCAGCCCUCAAACCCUGGAGCUGGCGUCUGCCCACCUGCAGCCAGGCUACAGGCCCAGAGAUCUGCCCCACAGCCCACCUCGUCCUUCUCUCAGCUUAGGCUUCUUGGGAGAGGGUGAUGUGGUGUCCCAAGCCAUCCAUGACGCUCAGCAGUUGCUGAGAAGCCAAGGGCCAGGAGGGCGAGAGAGGGACAGAGAGAGGGACAACAGCACGAGGAUGGUGAGUCACGCGGACAGGCCUGAAGAAGGACAGACCCUGAGGGAAGACCACCUUAGCAGCGACUCUGAGGGCCCGAUGUCUAUGUCUGGAGUCGGGAACUUUUCGGAGAACAGGACUUCCUCGUCCGGCCAUAUCAAGAGACCGAUGAACGCCUUCAUGGUGUGGGCCAAAGACGAGAGGCGUCGCAUUCUGCAGGCCUUCCCCGACAUGCACAACUCAAGCAUUAGCAAAAUAUUAGGCUCACGCUGGAAGUCCAUGUCCAACCAAGAGAAACAGCCGUAUUACGAGGAGCAGGCACGACUGAGCCGACAGCAUCUGGAGCGAUAUCCGGACUACAAGUACAAGCCGAGGCCCAAACGCACCUGCAUCGUGGAAGGCAGACGUUUGCGAGUGGGCGAGUACAAGGCUAUGAUGAAGAGUCGUCGACAGGAGCAACGAACCACCUACCCAUCCAGCCAAUCAGAUCAGCAGCUUCACUACGGUUCCAGUAACGGUCAGUAUCCCAGCACACCUGUGUCCAUGGCGACGCUGCCCCUGCACCCGGCCCUGUUGGAGCACUAUCUUCCCCGGAGCCUGGAGCCCAAGCAGAGCCAUGGCAAGGAGGGCCAGGAUGGUCCCAAACCCAGGCAGGCCGACAGCGAGGGGGAGGAGAGUGACGCAGAGGAGCGCAGCGAGGGUGAGCUGGUGGUCCUCACCGACUGA